GUAGGAAGCUGGCUCAAGUACAUCAGGUUCGCUGGCUGUUAUGAUCAGCACAACCUUGUUGCAUGCCAGAUAAAUGAUCAGAUAUUUUAUAGAGUAGUCGCAGACAUUGCGCCGGGAGAGGAGCUCCUGCUGUUCAUGAAGAGUGAAGACUACCCCCAUGAAACCAUGGCGCCGGAUAUCCACGAAGAACGGCAAUAUCGCUGUGAGGACUGUGACCAGCUCUUUGAAUCUAAGGCUGAACUAGCAGAUCACCAGAAGUUUCCGUGCACUAGUCACUCAGCGUUUUCAAUGGUGGAAGAGGACUUUCAACAAAAACUCGAAAGCGAGAAUGAUCUCCGAGAGAUACACGCAAUCCAGGAGUGUAAGGAGUGUGACCAAGUUUUUCCUGAUUUGCAAAGCCUGGAGAAACACAUGUUGUCACAUACUGAAGAGAGGGAAUACAAGUGUGAUCAGUGUCCCAAGGCAUUUAACUGGAAGUCCAAUUUAAUUCGCCACCAGAUGUCACAUGACAGUGGAAAGCACUAUGAAUGUGAAAACUGUGCCAAGCAGGUUUUCACGGACCCUAGCAACCUUCAGCGGCACAUUCGCUCUCAGCAUGUCGGUGCCCGGGCCCACGCGUGCCCGGAGUGCGGCAAAACAUUUGCCACUUCGUCGGGCCUCAAACAACACAAGCACAUCCACAGCAGUGUGAAGCCCUUUAUCUGUGAGGUCUGCCAUAAAUCCUAUACUCAGUUUUCAAACCUUUGUCGUCAUAAGCGCAUGCAUGCUGAUUGCAGAACCCAAAUCAAGUGCAAAGACUGUGGACAAAUGUUCAGCACUACGUCUUCCUUAAAUAAACACAGGAGGUUUUGUGAGGGCAAGAACCAUUUUGCGGCAGGUGGAUUUUUUGGCCAAGGCAUUUCACUUCCUGGAACCCCAGCUAUGGAUAAAACGUCCAUGGUUAAUAUGAGUCAUGCCAACCCGGGCCUUGCUGACUAUUUUGGCGCCAAUAGGCAUCCUGCUGGUCUUACCUUUCCAACAGCUCCUGGAUUUUCUUUUAGCUUCCCUGGUCUGUUUCCUUCCGGCUUGUACCACAGGCCUCCUUUGAUACCUGCUAGUUCUCCUGUUAAAGGACUAUCAAGUACUGAACAGACAAACAAAAGUCAAAGUCCCCUCAUGACACAUCCUCAGAUACUGCCAGCUACACAGGAUAUUUUGAAGGCACUAUCUAAACACCCACCUGUAGGGGACAAUAAGCCAGUGGAGCUCCAGCCCGAGAGGUCCUCUGAAGAGAGGCCCCUUGAGAAAAUCAGUGACCAGUCAGAGAGUAGUGACCUUGAUGAUGUCAGUACACCAAGUGGCAGUGACCUGGAAACAACCUCGGGCUCUGAUCUGGAAAGUGACAUUGAAAGUGAUAAAGAGAAAUUUAAAGAAAAUGGUAAAAUGUUCAAAGACAAAGUAAGCCCUCUUCAGAAUCUGGCUUCAAUAAAUAAUAAGAAAGAAUACAGCAAUCAUUCCAUUUUCUCACCAUCUUUAGAGGAGCAAACUGCCGUGUCAGGAGCUGUGAAUGAUUCUAUAAAGGCUAUUGCUUCUAUUGCUGAAAAAUACUUUGGUUCAACAGGACUGGUGGGGCUGCAAGACAAAAAAGUUGGAGCUUUACCUUACCCUUCCAUGUUUCCCCUCCCAUUUUUUCCAGCAUUCUCUCAAUCAAUGUACCCAUUUCCUGAUAGAGACUUGAGAUCGUUACCUUUGAAAAUGGAACCCCAAUCACCAAGUGAAGUAAAGAAACUGCAGAAAGGAUGCUCUGAGUCCCCCUUUGACCUCACCACUAAGAGAAAGGAUGAGAAGCCCUUGACUCCAGUCCCCUCCAAGCCUCCAGCGACACCUGCCGCAAGCCAAGACCAGCCGCUGGAUCUAAGUAUGGGCAGUAGGAGUAGAGCCAGUGGGACAAAGCUGACUGAGCCUCGAAAAAACCACGUGUUUGGGGAAAAGAAAGGAAGCAGCGUGGAACCAAGACCGGCUGCAGAUGGUUCCUUGCAGCAUGCAAGACCCACUCCUUUCUUUAUGGACCCUAUUUACAGAGUAGAGAAAAGGAAACUAACUGACCCACUUGAAGCUUUAAAAGAGAAAUACUUGAGACCUUCUCCAGGAUUCUUGUUUCAUCCACAAUUCCAACUGCCUGAUCAGAGAACUUGGAUGUCAGCUAUUGAAAACAUGGCAGAAAAGCUAGAGAGCUUUAGUGCUCUGAAACCUGAGGCCAGUGAGCUUCUACCCUCCAUGUUUAACUUCAGAGCACCUCCUACUGCCCUGCCGGAGAACCUCCUGAGGAAGGGGAAAGAGCGCUACACCUGCAGAUACUGUGGCAAGAUUUUUCCAAGGUCUGCGAACCUAACACGGCACUUGAGAACCCACACGGGAGAGCAGCCUUACAGAUGCAAAUACUGUGACAGAUCAUUUAGCAUAUCUUCUAACUUACAGCGGCAUGUUCGCAACAUCCACAAUAAGGAGAAGCCAUUUAAGUGUCACUUAUGUGAUAGGUGUUUUGGUCAACAAACCAAUUUAGACAGACACCUAAAGAAACAUGAGAAUGGGAACAUGUCUGGUACAGCAACGUCGUCGCCUCAUUCUGAGCUGGAAAGUACAGGUGCGACUCUGGAAGACAAAGAAGAUGCGUAUUUCACAGAAAUUCGGAAUUUCAUUGGGAAUAGCAACCACAGCAGCCAAUCUCCCAGGAACACAGAGCAGAGAAUGAAUGGCAGUCACUUUAAGGAUGAAAAGACUUUGGUGACCAGUCAAAAUUCAGAUCUACUGGAUGAUGAAGAAGUAGAAGAUGAGGUGUUGCUAGAUGAGGAGGAUGAAGACAAUGAUCUUACUGGAAAAAUAGGAAAGGAACCAGUGACAAGUAGUUUACAUGAAGGAAACCCUGAAGAUGAGUAUGAAGAAACCAGUGCCCUGGAGAUGAGUUGCAAGACGUCCCCAGUAAGGUAUAAAGAGGAAGAAUAUAAAACUGGACUUUCUGCUCUAGAUCAUAUAAGGCACUUCACAGAUAGCCUCAAAAUGAGGAAAAUGGAAGAUAAUCAAUAUACUGAAGCCGAGCUGUCUUCAUUUAGUACUUCCCAUGUGCCAGAGGAACUUAAGCAGCCGUUACACAGAAAGUCCAAGUCACAGGCAUAUGCUAUGAUGUUGUCACUGUCUGACAAGGAGUCCCUCCAUUCAACAUCCCACAGUUCUUCCAACGUGUGGCACAGUAUGGCAAGGGCUGCAGCGGAAUCUGGUGCCAUCCAGUCUAUAAGCCACGUAUGACAUUACCCUGGUUGACCAGAGUGGGACCAAGUCCAACA